AUGACCAGUCUUGAUUAUUACAGUCGUAGGCUGCGACUGUUGCUGGGCACCAUUGGCUUGACACUACUAUUUCUAAAUUUCUACAUACUAUCACACGCGAAUGUCAGAUCUAAACUAAGAAAAAUAUCUGUUAAGGUAUCAGGGAUUGGUCCGCUCGUUCAAGACUCGCAGCUAAGUCCCGAUCCUCUUGAGGACUUUAAAGGUUAUACGGGAGUUAAUGAUCGUCACCCCAUCGCUCACUUAAUGCAGGAAGCAGAUGCUGCUUGGCAAAGUUAUGUUAAAAGUCGGUCUAGAACUUUCAAAGAGGCUGUCAUCAAAUACCGGGAAAUUCAUGGACGGCAUCCACCUCCAGGGUUUGAGGAAUGGUAUCGCUUUGCGGUAAAGCGUGGAACAUAUCAUAUUGAUGACUUUAAGCAAGUAAUGGACGAUCUACGACCCUUUUGGGCUAUCGAGCCUUAUGUGAUCAGAUCUCAAGCAGCACAUCUACACGAAAAUCCCGACCAUGGAAUUUCAGGCCUCCAUAUCCGCAAUCAGAGAAUUUGGAAGUUGACCAACUCAGACUGGCGCAUGGAAACUUUCUCUGAGAUGGUCAACCAAUUUGUGAAGUUCUUGCCUGACAUGGAUGUGGCAAUGAAUCGUCUUGAUCAGCCUCGAAUCAUUGUUCCCUGGAAUAAUAUGCAGGAUUUCCUUGCAAAAGAGAAAAAGAGUAGAAAGAUCUUCCCAAACUCAAGGAAUGAAUGGACAAAACACAUGGAUGGUUAUCUACAAGAAGCCAACAAUUCCGAGAUUAUUCAUCCCGAUUUCUUUGCGGCACACGGCAAGCAGUACAUGGACCUUGCUCGUGAAGCAUGUCCACCUGAAUCCCCUGCCAGGAAUGAUUCAAUGUCUGCAGAAGAUGUCGAUGCAAUGUUCAGGACGGCCCAAGGUGGAUUCAUUACCAACUUUAACCUGUCUUCGGAUCUCUGCACAGUAGGCCCGGCAUUGUCCAAAAAGCAUGGAUUCCUCUUUGCUCCAAGUACGAUUUGGGCCACUCGAAAGUUACUUCCUAUCUUCGGAGAAUCAAAAGUUAACACAAAUUCUGACAUAUUAUUCCCUGCAAACAUGUACUACAGAAAUGAUGUGCGCUACACGUAUGAUUCCCAGUAUGAUUUUAAUUGGGAUUACAAGAAUGACAGUUUAAUCUGGAGGGGCGUGACUUCGGGUGGAGCAGGAACUGCCGAUAAUUGGAGAGAGAUGCAUCGACAACGGCUAGUUUUGAUAACCAAUGCAACAGUUAUGGCUGAUAAAGAAGUAAAAAUCAUGAAAUCUGAUGGGUUUGGGGAUAAUAGCACCUUCCUUGACUGGUCUUAUUCUAAUGCAAGUGGCUGGAUCAAGGAACACACAAACGUUGGCUUUACCGGUUCGAUUGCAUGCGUUCCGAACUGCGAAUUUUACGAGGAUUUUUUGUCUUACAAACCUACAAUGACCCUAAGUCAGCAGUUUGUUUCCAAAUAUUUGGUAGAUGUAGAUGGACACUCCUUUUCGGGGAGAUGGCGUGCCUUUCUUCAGAGCAAGAGUCUCGGCAUUAAAAGUACUAUUUUUAGGGAGUGGCACGAUUCACGACUAUUUGCUUGGAGGCAUUUUGUACCUCUUGAUGGCCGAUAUAGUGAGCUAUACAGACUGCUGACGUAUUUUAUUGGCCUAGGAUCUCCUAGCGCUGCCAAGCGCGGCGCGCCAUACGUUCAAAGACAUGAUUACGAAGGUCGAAAAAUGGGACAGCAAGGUAGAGAUUGGGCGCAGACCGUCCUUCGGCGGGAGGAUAUGGAAGUUUACAUGUUUCGAUUGCUUAUUGAAUAUGCGAGGAUAAUCGAUGACAAUCGAGAUGUCAUAGGAUAUUCGGGAGAUGGCAGCGAAUUGGCCAACUUCGAUGCAAAGCAUCAGUUUAAGAGGGCGAUUAAUAACAUCGGAGAAUGA